AUGGCAACCUUGUUCAAGCAUGCAUGGGCUCCCCUGCUCUUGACGCCGUGUCGGAUUAACGUUGGGAGCCGCCGCGGCAUUCGCGGCCUAAGAAGGAAACCCCUCCGCGUGCUGCCCUCGGUCGCGCAGGCGCAGGAGCAGCAACGGAUCGUUCCCAGCAAAGUUAAGACCCCUUACAUCCCAAAAGCGCCCAGAAAGGAACGCCAGCCGGAACCGGAACGUGAAGAGGCGGAGCUUCGUUACGAGCGGGCCGGACCCAAUGAGAAGAGACUUAGGAAUUUGGUGACCCUGGCGAAGUCCAGGGCAUUUCGCGAGAAGCACGGGAAAAUUCUGCUGGAAGGCCGGAGGCUCAUUUUGGAUGCUCUGGAGGCGGGAGCCGUUCCGCAGACGAUCUUCUUUAGCCUAAUGGAGAAUCUGAAGAUGCUGCCGGCGGCCAAACUCAAACGGACCACCCUUGUCAAAGUGAAAUACAACGAGAUCAAGAUGUGGUCGGACGUCAUCACUCCACAGGGGUUGAUCGGCAUUUUUGCCAUGCCCCAUCACACCAAAAUGUCCUAUCCCGAAGUCCCGCAGGAGCACGCCUUGCCUCUCACGCUGAUCUGCGACAACAUUCGGGAUCCCGGGAAUCUGGGCACCAUCCUGAGGUCGGCGGCGGGAGCCGGCUGCUGCAGUGUGCUGCUUGUCAAAGGCUGCGUGGAUGCCUGGGAACCCAAAGUCCUUCGGGCUGGGAUGGGCGCUCACUUCCGGAUCCCCAUCGUCUCCAACCUGGAGUGGGACCUGGUGCCCAAUUACCUGCCCACCGAAAGCCGCAUCCACGUGGCCGAAAGCCGCCAGGAGGGACCCCCAGGAGAGGCUGAAGGGGCUUCAGCACCCCAGGCUGCCCGCAGGGGCUCCACCCGGAAGUCCCAACUGGCCCCGUCAAAGGGGAGCCAGGCGGAGGAGGAGGAGGAGGAGGAGGAAGAACGAAUGUCACUGCAAUUCCAGCCUUAUUACAAGCCAUGGAUGAUGGAUGCCUCCGUCGCCGUCGUGGUUGGCGGCGAGACCCACGGGGUGAGCCCCGAAGCCAAACGUCUGGCGCAGAGGAGCGGCGGGAAGCGGCUGGCCAUCCCGGUGGUCCCCGGCGUGGAGAGUUUGAAUUCCGCCAUGGCGGCCGGCGUCCUUCUGUUCGAGGCCAAGAGACAGCUGCUGGUCCAGGAAGGCGGGGCUUCCAGGCUGGAGUUCAAACGAUGA